CUGCAUCUUCUUCCUACCAAAACACCGUCAUCAUCAUCAACGCUCGAGUCCCUCGUCACAAAACAUCAUGGACGCAGCACCAUUGACCUGACCGCGCACCCCCUUCCCGGGCCAUGUCCAUGUCCAUGUCAAUCUCUCUGCCGUGAGGUACCGACGCUGAGAUUCCGGAAACCUUACCACCCUCUCCCGCACCCUCAUCCUCACCACCACCACCACCACCACCAUCAUCCAAGUACCUGCCAACAACCACCACCACAACGGAGCAAUUCGCACCUCACCCGCCCUCGGCCUAUCCCUUCCACCCAGGGUUCUCGGCGUACCGCUUGCACCUGCGACUUGCGGCCUGUCUUCGUUUCUUCUGCCUGUUGACCAGGUUUUCCCAUCCUCGACACAUCAACUAAUCCCCGCCAAGCUAAACCCGCCCUCUCUCUUUACCACGUCGGACACCACACAACUGAAAUCGACAUUCCGCCCACCUCCGACACUGCCAAUCCUCCACCACUAAUUACCACAAGUCCACAAGUACACAACCCUUUCUUCGCAUUACUUCAUACCGACCUCGUCCACUUUCCGACUUCCACGACGACAAUCCCGACACCAUUCCGUCCAAUCCAAAUAUCACCACCACCAUCCUCGCUCCCACGCUUCACCACAACUGCACUCACUCACUGCAGCACCCAACUGUUGCCACAACACGCUCUCUCUGCCUCGCGUUCGACGGAAACCAGGUCCCCUUCAACGAAUAUUACAGAUCACUUCUGCCGCCUUCGGUGCUCUUCGCCAAAGUACGAGACCACCUCCAGUCGGCACCGCUCACCCCAGAUACCGAGUCCUCAAACCAACCCCCCGGCCCAUCUUGAUCCGCCACUGCAAUCGCCGCCGCCUUUGUCCCGACCAUCUGGUUCUCUUUGACUGCGUCACAUUCAACUGCCUCUCUCACACACACGCACCUCUCCUUCCGCCUUCGACUCAACUUUUUAUCACUUCCCAACCCUCUAUCGUGCCUUUGCGCCGCCAACGUACCCCUCUUCGCGCCAGCAUUCCUCAACAACCAUCAACGCCCGCCCGAACGCGCUCGCUCCCCCGCCCGCGACUUCGACGUAGGGUUCCUCUCGCGACCUUUUACAACCCUCAUCCCCGCAAUCCAAACCGGAGCGGCAGCCGCCCAGAGGGGAAAAAAGAGAAGACUCCAAUUCUGCUCGCAUGCGUGCGUCUCACGGACACAGAGAGAGCCUGCAUCGCAACACUUCAGCCACUUCCGAUUUGCCCAACCUUGAACGAGCGCCGUCGACUCAUCGCCAUUAAACUCCGGCCCCCGGCUACCUAGACCUCUCCAACUCCUGUGCACCCCUCAACUCUGUUGGUCUCAGCCCGCCUCUAACCACCAUAUGCCGACUUUCGAUUGAGCCUCACCCUCCACCAUCACGGUUCAUCGCGUUGCUCACUCUCAAUCACAUGGAAUUCCUUUCAGAAGCAAUGCUUUUCCGUCUGAUCUAUCAAAAUUGUGUGCUUCGCUGAAAACAUGGCACACUCCCUCAAUUUCUAAUCAACAAGAGUCCAGCAGUCCGUUGUCCUUGAAUAGUUUCCCAGACAUCUCACCCACGAUGUUAGGGAAGCUCUUCAACUUGGGCACGCCGAGUGCUUCAGGUGCUUCAGCCUCAUCACAAUCAAACAAUAACUACAACACCAUCAUUCACAAUGAGUCUCCCAUGUCUCUCGAAUCCAGACAGGAGGAUAUCCAUACCCGGAACCUCUUGUUCCCCGAUACCGACGCCUUGUACCAGCACCCAAACGAGAACCUCUUUCCCUUAGGCUCUGGUCUUCCCAUGGCAUCCCUCGCAGGUGCCUUUGACUACGACGGAGACGUCGACCUCGACACCCGACAUGUCCGCAUGCUCAUCAUGCAAGAUGCCGUUGCCUCCUUCCCAGCACAGCUGCUUUUCGACAGUCAUCCAGGUCCUCCAAAACCGACUUCCAUGGCCGCAGCAGACCGUCCGCCAACUGGUAUGGGAACUGUGCAGGACUCAUACAGAGGCCCAACUUCGCCGCGAAAGAGCAGUCUGAACCAGUCAUCGCGACCUCUGGUAAUCCAGCCGGACAGCCCCCAACCCCGCCAAGGAGCGUUCGAUCGCAGGGCCUCGAUGCAAGGCCGAACUCAAUCUCAAGCUGAGACGGAUCUCCAGCGCGCACGAAGAGAGUACGCCGACGAGAUCCAUGCAUUUGCGGGCUCCGUAUUUGGAAAUUCGGAAUUAAUGGCCUACAAGGGCACUUCGACAAAGGUCCAUAUCGUCCCUACCGAGAACCGCCCUGAAUAUGGUGGCUCCUAUCUCGGUGACGGUCGCGGCUCUAUAGGUCGGUCGAGCAUGCGGUCCAGCAGGCUAGCACAGUCUUACACAUCGGACAACGUUUCGCCUCUGCAACCGCAACAAUCCUUCACGUCGUCUGCACCAAAUACACGGAGUCUUCCUGAGAGGAGGAAGAUUCUCAUUACCCGAUUGUUCCCUGUGCUCUUGCCUAGCGAUGACGAGGCACAGAGCGACACACCUUUGAGCCGGUUUUCAGAUUACAACACCGGCUUCCCGUUUCCGCAGUCUGCCGAAGACGCAAAUGCCCCCAAGAAGAAGAAGUUGCAGCCCAAACAAAAGCGUACACCAAUGUAUGCAGUUGUGUUGGUGGUCCAGCUUCCCCCCAGUUCUGCGCAGAUGGUACCUCCCUCCACUAUCAGGUCAACAUAUCGUGGUGCCAGCUCCUAUACAGAGCAGGACUCCUUCCCAUCCUCCAUGAGCUCCGCCCGCCGCUCAGGAUGGAACAUGUCUGGAUCCAACUUCCCCAUUGACUCCAUGGAUUCCAGUUGCUCCACAGACGUUGACGACAGGAUGGACACCGUCACUCAACACUGGGACAUCAUUAUGCGAACCUUGACGCACCUCCAAGGGGUAGUGGCCACUACGCUUGGUGUGCUACUAAAACAGGCCGACAUCUCUUCGCCGGACCCAUAUCCUCCUUCGGCAUCUUCGUACGCCAGCAGAGGUCCGUCCAUGGGUGGAAGAAGAAGCGACGAACCUCACUUUGUCAAGCCUCCAAAGACUAACGCAAAAGUCAUAGCUCUACAGCCUCACUGCUUACAGAACGAUAACACGAUUGUGCAAGAGGCUGAUGCUGCCAGGAUUCGAGUUGUGACGGGCUUGAGCGCCCAACGGGUCAUCACAGCGCAGGGGAGAUGGGGUAUCUGGCGGGACGAAGCUAGGUGGAUGGCAAGAAAGGCUGGCGAGAAAGAACAUGGAUUCUUCUUCUUCAAUCUUUUGACUGGCUUUCUUGCCACGCACACCGAUUGGCUAAACGCAAUGAGUCCAGCGUGGUACCGCAAAAAGCACUAUCAGCAACAAAAGGCCAAAGGCGAGGAUGAUCUAUCGCUCCCAGCACGGACUAUCAUCAUUUCGUCAGACAAGAUGAUGGCAAGACGUCUCAUCUUCCUUCUUUCUGCCUUUUUGCCAUCCCACCAGCACCUUUCUUCCACCAGAGCUCACCGGCCGAGUACUUCGACCUCUUUUGGCGCUUUCUCCCAAUCGCCACCUUCGCUGAUUAUCCCAAUUCUCCGCGAAGAGUCAUUGCGGCGCAAGAUCAACCGACGAACAGGGCCAAGGAGAGUCUCGCAUUCCCGUACUGUUAGCCAAAGUACACGAGCCUCCGGUGUUCCGCCUCAGCUUGCACACUUGAGUAUGGAGAGCCAUCAUGAGAGGCGCGUUUCAGAUGCUGCCUCAAUUCGAUCGAAUUUGCCCAUCCCUGGGAACGACCAGGUCAGUCGGAAAAGUAGUGCAGCAACGACGACUACAAUCACCCCAGAGACGACAAUUCCACACUUUGCAACCGCCCAAAGAUUCGAGACCCGACGAAGUCUACGACCUGGUAGCAGUGGCAGUGUUGCCGCGGAUGACCUCAAACGGACAUUGAAGCGUGGUGAAAGCUCGGGGCAUGUCAGCUCGGCGAGUACAGAUUCUCGCAUGUCGGGGUCGCGUUGGGGUAGUGUUAUUAGCACGCUGUGGAAUGGAAAGAGGAGGGAUUCGACAGGCUUGACCACUCCUAGCCAACCCUACAGCAGCAACCCUACAUCCCCCACCAAAUCAGGACCGGGAGGACGUCGAGAUAGGUUGGCAGAAAUGGUUAUGGAAGUCGGCCCUGAAGGGUACCGCCGAACAGACAUUCACAAGACCGAAAGCAAUGGCAACGGGCCUUCAACUCCACGGGGAUUCGAUGAUCAGGCUGUCGAGGAUGCUCCUGAGAGGGCCCCCUUCCCUGAGCGAGUUCCUGACCCUAGCGGCGACUUCCGUUCUCCAGUCAAAACGUCAAUCAAUGCGGAGGACGGUGUAAUAGAUGUUGACAUCCCUUUCCCUGACUACAUCACCUCUUUCGAAACCGCGGUCAGCUCACCGUCGAGCAGCGGCUAUCUGUCUACGCCGGGCAUUAGCAACGGUUUGGAGGGCUUCGAGCAGUUUUCCCGCAUCACUAUUGAUGGGGAUUCGCCGAUGAACGUUGCCGGCUUCCUCCAGCGGUAUCAUCAGGAUUUCAUCCUCCAGGCGGUUCCUCCCCAGGAUACCCUCAUGGAUGACAUUAAGAGGUCUAUGCGCGCCGAGCCGACCCCGUUCAUCACGCAACCCUUCUACUCUGCUGAGCAGCCUGCCGAUCGAUGGGUCGACGUAAGCAGCGCUCUGAUUGCAGACACGACGACGCAUACGAUCAAGCGAAUUCGAUACCGCCGACUCAUUCGACCGAAGCCAUUCACAGACAGAUCAGUACCUCUAGGAUCUGCGGGCUCGAGCGCCUAUGGCAAUGCUCCUAUGACGCCGUCUAUUCUUCCCUACGAAACGCAGCUGGACGAUGAGUUCAUCGAAGAGCCGAUUGCAAGCCUCGAUGAGGUGCUCAUUGACGCCGUUGAGAGAGUCAUUGCGCAGAGCAACGAAGUGAGCAAACAAAGCUCAUCAAAUUCGUCCCGGUCAACGAGCAAGCGGCGAGAUCGAAGCAAUAGCGAAGCAUCGGUCUCCGUGGAUUCUCGUCACACCACUCGCAUACCGGCCCCAUCACAAGAAGUGCCCCGAGACCAAUGUAGGACGGUUGUCUUGUCCGCCCUCGAUGAGAUCAUUCGCGAUGUCAUUGGGGAGCGAGACCAUGACACGCCUGAUGCUACCGUCCACGCGGUAGACAGAGACCGCGAGAGCACCCUCAAAGAGGCCGUCCGGGUCUGGCUCGAGGCUGUUGACCCAAGCGAGCAAGAUUGAACUAUACCAAACCAAAGCAGGACUCCUGCAACUACCAACAACAAGCUGCAAUUUGCAGCGUUCAUGAUGUUAUGACAUCUAGCAGACAAGAUUGAUCUGCUAGUCCGUGUAUCACCACCGACCACCACAAAUUUCCUUGGUUCGCAGAAAGACACAUAAACUGAGUUGAUACCCCAAGCGAGUAAGCCACGUCGGCUUCUCGAGAAAGGCACCUGCACCGGCGUCGCAAGGUGCGACGAUGCGAAGGAGGCAUAAGCGGCAUAGGAAGGAACGGACAACAUUCGGGUUUCCGUUUGGCGUUUAGGAAGGCAUAGGUUUUAGACGGGAUGGGUCUUUUACCACUUUGUUUAGAGCGAGGGGAUUAGGUGUGACGAAUAGUCACGCCAGGGGAGUUUUUAAAUUUCAUCCAAGGUCAAGGGACCUUUUAGCUAGGAGCGUAUACGAAUGAAUAGGGA